AUGUCACAGGAAGUCCCAAAAUCACUAAGCAACGUCAAGCAUGUGGUUCUAAUAUUGUCAGGCAAAGGUGGCGUGGGCAAGUCUUCAGUAACGACGCAAACUGCUUUAACAUUAGUCAACAAAGGGUUUAAUGUGGGAGUACUUGAUAUAGAUCUAACAGGCCCUUCGCUUCCGCGAAUGUUUGGUGUUGAAAAGAAACAAGUGCAUCAGUCGACUCAGGGCUGGGUCCCAGUACAAGUGUAUUCCAAAUCAGAAACACCAUCAGGAGGAAGCUUGAAGUUGAUGUCGUUGGGCUUUUUGCUUGGAGAUCGCGGUAAUUCGGUUGUUUGGAGAGGUCCUAAGAAAACGGCCAUGAUUAAACAAUUUUUGAAAGAUGUUGUAUGGAGUACUGACGAACCGUUGGAUUAUUUACUUAUUGACACGCCGCCAGGCACAUCUGAUGAGCAUAUAGCAAUAGCCGAAGAGUUGCGUUUUGCGCAGCCGAUUGAUGGAGCUAUUAUCGUAACCACACCACAACAAGUUGCCACGGCUGAUGUUCGAAAGGAGAUAAAUUUUUGCAAAAAAGUGAAUUUUAAUAUACUAGGAGUCGUUGAGAAUAUGUCUGGGUUUAUCUGUCCAUAUUGUGCCGAAUGCACCAACAUCUUCUCCAGUGGCGGAGGCGAGCAGUUGGCCAAACAGUUGGAUUUGACGUAUUUGGGAAACAUACCAAUAGACCCCAGCUUUGUAGAAUUGAUUGAGUUGCAAGAUGAUAAAGAUAAGAAGUUGAUUGACUUGUAUCAAACAUCCGAGUUGAAACCGAUAAUGAGUGAUGUCAUAGAUAAGAUACUACAGUUGAAUUUAGAAUCAAGAGUCUAA